AACGGCAAUUCCUCCACCGCUGGUGUCUGGGUCCUUAGUCCUGUCCCAGACGAGGACGCGCAUCUGCCCAGCUCCACCACCUCCCGCCUCCUCCCGUGGGCCCUGGGGGCGGUUGUCAAGGCAGCCGGGCUGACGCUGGCCCUGCGGCCUCUUGGCUGGGUGUCCCAAGCCGAGCCAGCGACUCAGCAACUGCUGUCCUCACCCGUGGGCCCCCUUUGUGGUCUGAGGAUGGAAAGCGGGGAAGGGAGUGACUGAGCCCAAGACACCAGUGAGGAGAGUGACUUUCCCUGGGCCACCAGCAGCCCUCUGCCCUCACACGGGUGUCAGGGCCUGGCACUCCCGGGGCAGACUCUGCCACGGUGGGUGUGGCUUGGCGGAGGCCGGUGGCAGAAGGACCCUCGCCUGCUGUUCCUUGCCUUGCAGCACCCUGAACCAGCUCCUGGGCCCGAGACCUUGGCAGGAUGGAAGAGAAGCUAAAGAAAACCAAGAUCAUCUUUGUGGUGGGCGGGCCCGGCUCGGGGAAGGGCACCCAGUGUGAGAAGAUCGUGCAGAAGUACGGCUACACCCACCUCUCCACCGGGGACCUCCUGCGAGCCGAGGUCAGCUCCGCCUCGGCCAGGGGCAAGAAGCUGUCGGAAAUCAUGGAGAAGGGGCAGCUGGUGCCGCUGGAGACGGUGCUGGACAUGCUCCGAGACGCCAUGGUGGCCAAGGUGGGUUCUUCCAAAGGCUUCCUGAUCGAUGGCUACCCCCGAGAGGUGCAGCAGGGAGAGGAGUUCGAGCGGCGGAUUGGACAGCCCACGCUGCUGCUGUAUGUGGACGCAGGCCCUGAGACCAUGACACAGAGACUCCUGAAGCGCGGGGAGACCAGCGGGCGUGUAGACGACAAUGAGGAGACCAUCAAGAAGCGGCUGGACACCUAUUACAAGGCCACCGAGCCUGUCAUUGCUUUCUACGAGAAGCGCGGGAUCGUCCGCAAGGUCAAUGCAGAAGGCUCGGUGGACAUGUGGCCUCUGCGCUGA